AUGGAUCAGGAUCAUACGUCCUUGAUGGCGUUUGGAAAAGGGGAUGGUGGGGGUGGCCUGACAUGGCAGAAUAUGGAGCGACUUCGGCUCGAAAAAAAGGCGGCGUCGUUGCCAACGUUGAAUGGUGAUCUCUACUUUGAGCUACAUAGAGCGCCAUCUACAACACAGUCCACCACUAAACAGAAUAAUAGGAGCGCAGAGUUUUUACUGCGAGAUAUUGAGCAGCUGACCACUAUUGCCUCUAUUGAGAAAGCCGACUUUCGUUAUCCUCUCAGAGAUAUACAAUCAUUGUGGCAAGACAUCUUGCUUUGCCAAUUCCAUGAUUGUCUGCCCGGAACUGCCAUUCGAAUGUGCUACGAUCAUUCAGAUCAAGCAUGA